AUGGACUAUAUUUAUGAGGCUAUAGAUAGGGCAAAAGAAGCAAUUAUGAAAGUCUUUAAGGAGAAAGAAGAUAAAUACAAAGAAGUGUUUGAGAUCAUUGAUAAGAGAUGGGAAUGCCAACUUCAUUGGCCUCUGCAUGCUGCAAGACAUUAUUUGAAUCUAGAAUAUGUUUGUUCAGACACAUAUUCAAAUAUCUAUGGAGAAGUGGUGAAUGGUUUGUUUGAAGCUAUGGAGAGAUUUGUUUCAAACGCUGUUGAACAAGAUAAAAUCACUACCCAACUCUCUAUAUAUCGAAAGGCAGAAGGGUUAUUUGGGAGGAAUGUGACAAUUAUACAUAGAAUAGUAUUAUUUCCAGCAGAAUGGUGGGAAUGCUACGGAGCAAAUACCCCAGAACUGCAAAAGUUUGCUAUAAAGUGCUUAGCCUUACUUGUAGUGCUUCCGACUGUGAGCGCAAUUGGCGUGUAUUUGAGCGGUAUGAUGCCCAUGAUAAGAUUGACCCCCAUCUCUUUGACAGAUAUUGAUGAUAAUAAUGAAUGGUUGAUGGAUAGAAUGGAUGAAGAAAGUGAUAAUGAAGAAGAUGAGUUGAUUUUUGAUGGUGAUGACUUGACAUGGGAUGUCAUUGCUAGGGCUAGUAGAGCUGAAGAACCUGAAUAUUGUACUAGAGGAAAAAAAUAUUACAUCCAUGGCCUCUAG